AUGUUGGAUUUCCUUGCCUUUCUAACAGCUGUAUCAUUUGCGUUUUUUGCACCAGCUGGAGCUAAGAGGUUAAGGGAACCAGAGAAGAAAGAUGACUUCAAAACUAAAGGGUUAAACUGUGGUGGCAAGCAAGGAUUGGUAGUUGGGGCUAAUGAAGGAGGGGACCUUGCUAAGGGUUAUUGUGGGUGGGUGUGGAAAGCGUGGCAUAUAGACUCCCCACACAUGCUCUUUCCCACUCAUGCAUUAGGCAUCAAGUAUUACUGCAACUAUGCUACUGCCCCACCCUUCAGAAUACCCAGAGGGGUAUCUUGUGUUCUCAGAUCUGAUGAGGUAUUGUUGAGGUAA